GAUACUGAUUUCCGACUCUAAGGAUAUUGGAGAUUUUGGAAUUUAGCUGGAAAAAUUAUCACUCGGAAUAUUCUAGGAACACAGAAAAGGAUCUAGAGCCGCAGAAGGAAGACGAUUCUAGGAACCAGAGCAAAUGUUCCAGAACCAUAUUAAGAACCCAUGACCUGUUAGAACACAGGAUUUGUAAACCACAGUGAAGAUUAUCGUCACUCUGAGGAUAAUUACUUUGGAAGGGGGUUCGGGAUCUCUAAAGAGUCUGGAUACACAGUGAAGAUUCUAAAGCCUCGGCAGGGAGACCAUCAUCACUCUGAGACCUGACUCUAUGACCACACAGAAUUCCAGAAGCACACCAAUGAUUUCAUCACAGUGAUGUUUGGGGAGCCGUGUGACAGAGUCUAGAGUCACACAAAGAUUCUAAAUCAUUCUAGAGCUACAUUAAGGAUUGUACAACGAUUCUAGAUUCACAAGGAAAAGGUCUUUAAUGGCAACCUACAAGUUAAAGAUUAUCGUGUGAAAAUGGAGGAGCAGUCACUCGAGGAAACAGGUCCUGUGAACGUGGCAGAGACGGCGGAGAUCAUCGACAGUGACGAUCUGACCAAACCUGACGAUGAAAGAUGUGCAGUAGAAGAAGUUGAAGAGAUAGAGCAAGCAGCAACUGAAGAGGAUGAAUUGAGAACCAUGCUAAAUGCACCAGGAAUACCUGAAGAAGAAUUUGAAGAUUCUUUGAGAGACGAUUUACAAUUUGGUGAUGAAGUUAAAGAGAGGGUCACAUCAGAUGUAGAGAAUUUUCAAAACAAGUAUGAAGAACAAGUGGAAGAAUGCAAACAGUCAACAGCUGAUCUUCAACCUAACCUACUGGACACUGAAGAUGAACAGGAGCUCCUUCGAGAACUCCAAACAGAACAUGAAAAACUGAGUCGGCACAGUUACCAGCUCCAAAAUACACUGGCUGAAUACUUCUGUCUUAAAUCAGCCGGAGAACUGCAGCAAGUCCAAGACAAGAUGUAUCCCAACCAAGAGUCUUGUGAAACGUACCCAGACAUCAUAGAAGAUAUUAAGAGGCAGAAGCAAGAGAAGAAGCAAAAGCAACUCCAACAACAACAUCUUAAUGAUCUGCUUCAACAGAACAAUGAGAAACUGGAGCAAAUUGAGCUUGAGUGGAGCACGCUAAUGUCAGCCAAGCGUGAGGUACUCAUUACAGAGCUGGAGAAGUCACAUGGCAAGAUGGAGGCCCAAGCUAUAACUGAGCGUCGACUGACAGCUGCACAGAAAUGCGAGGAUGAGUUUGUCUCUGUUAGGCAUGAAAACUUCAAGCUGAAUCUAAAGAUGCCCAAGUUGGAGCCAGGGAUCCAUGUCAGGAAUGAGGAUCUAGGUAAAGGGAUGCAGUACGUUGACUUUGAGCAGCUAAACAUUGAAAACCAGAAUUACAGUAAAAAGAUCCAGGAGUGCACAGAGGAUCUGCUUAAGCUGAAGAGAACAUUACCCCAAACUGGGCAGAUUCUAAUGCACAUGAAAGAGAAGUUGAGGUAUGUUAAGGUGGAGAACCAGGAGAAGCAGGUACAUUUUGAUGAACUGGAUGCCUUGGUUCUACAUGAGCAGAAAGCUCUGACACAGACAAUGCAGGCAAGGGACACUCUGCGCUUUGACAAUCUGCGUAGACGGCAGGAUUGUGGCUUGCUGGGAAACACCACACUGCUACGGAACUUUGAGGACACAGAAGAUGAGCGUGAGGCACUUGAGAGACAAAUAGAGAUGCUAAAAAGAAGCCGAAGAGACAUACAAGACCACACAGAUGCAAAUAUGCAUACAAAUAUAUAACAGCAUAUUUAUUUUGAAAUAUAUAAAUUUUUUUUGUCAUUUGACUACAGAGGGAAAUGUAAAGAAUUGUUGAAAUAAAUAACAACUCUUAAUGAUAAACUCUGAUUAUUUUGUUUGACUGUACAAUUUCCAGUAUGUCAGAUUAAAUUGGAUUGUUAAUGUCACAAAUUAGUGUAAGAAGGUAAUAAAAAAGAUACCAAGCUGUAAA